GUUCAACCUCGACCAACAUGCAAUCUCGAAACUUCGUAUUCGACCCUCGUCCCAACUUUCCCCUCCUAGUCACAGCCAAACGAUACUGGAACCCAGAGUCACCAUACAUCAACGACCCAACAGCCCUCACCCUUGUCUGUUUACAUGGGACCGGAUUUCACAAAGAACAGUGGGAACCAGCGAUAGAUGACCUCCUUGCGCUGGUGAAAGCGAAGAACGACCAAGUGCGGAUACGAGAGGUAUGGAGUAUAGACGCACCGAAUCAUGGCGAUGCUGCCGUUUUGAACGAAGAGACGCUAUCUUGGGGAUAUGAAGUAUCAUUUAGAUGGGAAGACUAUGGUCGUGCCACACAUUCACUUCUUGCGGGCCUUGGGAAAGGAAUAGAUAUGGAUUUUAGCAAGCAUAGAUUGAUUGGAGUCGGCCACUCUAUGGGUGCAGUAUCAUUACUGCUCUCGACCAAUUUCUUCCCGGUCAUCAAAUUCGAAGCAGUCAUCCUCAUUGAAACUAUGACCAUGAUGAAGAAAUCAAGCGCCCCGUUCAUAUCAAUCGAAACGAAUGUGCUUGCUAGUGGGUCCAUCAGCCGGCGAGAUAUAUGGCCAUCGAAAGAAGAAGCCUAUCAAUCACUCAAAAGUAGGGCGGCUUGGAAAGUUUGGGAUGAUAGAGUAUUGAGGACUUAUACCGUGCGUCCGUCUCCUCUAUCCCUAGGCGUUCUCGUAGUGUCGUUGACAUUGCAAACAGGAACAAGGCAUGAGGCCGCUGCCCACAAAAGAUUAUCCUGACAAAACCGAGGGUGUUACUCUCAAAUGCACCAGAAAACAGGAAACGGCAUGUUAUCUUGACACGGGUCACUCCCUUGUGUAUCGGAACUUCAAGACAUUUGCGAAACGCAUUCCGAUUCACUUUAUAUAUGGCGCAGUAUUCGAUUAUCUGUCAGUGUGCUUCUCACUGAAAUUUAAAGGACUCACUCGUUACUGCAUUCCCAUAGAUCAAAAGAAAUAAAGGACGAUGUAAUUGAGAACGCGAUUGGCGGAGUACAAAAUCUAGCUUCCUUUGCACUCAUACCUAAUGCUGGACAUUUGGCCCUGCAAACACAUCCUACCGGAGUAGCGCAAGCAGUAUACGACGCUCUCAUGAUCGUGGUUCGAACCUCCAAAUUGUAGCAAAGAAGGUAAUUAAACAAUUCCUUCAAUCAGACGGUCAAUGCCCGACAGCGAUGACGGCAGGUCAUUUCUGGUGGCCUUGAACCUGCCUAGGUCUACAUAAUGGGUGUAGUCUAGGCCUUACAAAGUCAUCUGUCAAGCUAGAGUUUUCCCCUUGACUUAGGAGCAAAGUCAAAAGACUGGUGGUGUGUUUGUCCAUCUGAUUAUGAUUAUACAAUUCUUGGCCAUGGAAGUUUCUCGCAUAUCGGCGUGCGCCCACAUCCGGA